GCGCUUCUAAAGCUCGCGAGGAAGCGGGGUAUAGGGCCAUCCUAGGCCACUAGAUACAGAUAUUCGUCGAAAUGUUUUUGUGGUGGUGCUCAUGUGAGCAGCGAUGAUUAUCUAGACGCAUGCGAACGACUUGCGGAACUCGGCCUCACGGAAGUACAACAAAGAUCACCUGCAUUGUUGUGGAAACGAAAAAUCUUAUAACCCGUAUUACGCACUUUUCCUGUCUCAGCGUUUGCAUUCGUACAAGAUUACGUUGCAAUUCUGUCUAUGGGACUUUCUUCGGGACUUGGGCAAAGUAGCGUUGGUAGGAUAGAGGUAAUCAAGAGCCUGAAAGAUAACGAUGUAAGAUUUGAUGUUAAAUCCAUGUCGCCUUCGCGAAUGAAGAACGUCGUCAAAGCAUACGCAUGGUGGAUAGCCAAAGAUUGCUGUACGCUGACAAUCUUCAAGCCUGUGGGCUUCACAAUGCUCAAGCCACAGACUUGCCAGAAACGCACUUUCUUGAAAGAGUUAUUCAUACAGCUGUUUAUCGCUAGCCAGGUUUCAUCACCGAUGCUUAGCAACGACUCCGGCGACUAUCCUUCCAUGAGGAACCGUGGAUCACUCGAAGAGAUCUUCUUUUGACUUGGGCUAGCUCAGUGGCAAAAGAGACGUUACAGACUGGGAUGGAUCAUAUCCCCAGAAUAUAGCAAUACUUGAUUACGCAGAUUUCGUAAAUGCCACACUAGAACAUGCACUCCCGAUGCUCCCGCCGAAUGAAAUAGUUGGGUGCUCUAUACGAGAACUUUUGGGAAGAGCAUCAGCAUGUGGUUUCAUUAUGAAAUGUGCGCCACAUACUGGUACUGCAGGCCGGUUUCUUCGGUAAUGAACUUUGAUUGUAACUCGAAUUCGGUAAAGUUACAAGAUGUAAUUAGAAAAUGCCCGCCUGGAUUCAAGAGCUUCGCGAUAC